ACAUCACUCACAAAGCUAAGGCACACAAAAGCCAUAAAUUCUUCCUUAGGAGCCACAAAAGAUCAUAAAUAUAAUUAUUUUCUCCAAGAAUGGCUUCCAAGGGAAUUGCUCUAAUUUGCAUGACAUUAGUUACAAUUAUGUCCACCAUGAUUUCAGUAGAAGUCAUGGCUCAGUCUGAUUGCACAAGUACACUUAUUACUAUGGCUUCAUGCCUUAGCUUUGUCACCGGAAGUGCGAAAACGCCACCGGCUUCUUGCUGCUCCUCCCUCUCUGGGGUGUUGCAGUCUAACCCACGGUGCCUUUGUGUCAUUGUCAAUGGUGGUGGUUCGUCAUUAGGAGUCCAAAUCAAUCAAACACAGGCACUUGCAUUGCCUAGUGCAUGCAAUUUGCAAACUCCUCCUGUUAGUAGAUGUUACGCUGGUAAUGCACCGGUAAUUUCUCCAGAGGGUGCACCUACAGAAGGAACUCCAGAUUCCUCGACUGGUGUAGCUGUCACAGGCUCAAAGGCGUCAGGAAGCAGCACGUCCGAUGGAAGUUCUUUGAAGGUUCCAGUUCGAGCUGCUGUUGCAAUCGUUAUUUUCAUGGCUUCCUACAUUUCCAUGAUUUGAAGCUGAGUUUUCAUAUGAGAGUUAUACAUGGAGUAUCUUUGUAUUAAUAAAAGUAGCAUUAUAUAUGAUGUUACAUGUUAUGUUGUGGGAGUGAAAUUUAUUAGUGUGUGUCUUUAAAAGAUUGUUGUGUCUCAUGCAUGUUACUUUUUACCAUUUGUUUCUCUAUUGUACUAGUAGUUGAGAUGCAAUUCUAUCUUUAUUUUUAA